CCAACGUCGAGAGUAAACAGUUCAAUACGAAUAAUUAUUGAAAAUGACUCAAACAGUUGCCAGUUUCAUCGUUGUCAGCAUUGCGCUGUUGGGCGUUUAUGCCACGGCAAUGCCACAGCCGGAGUAUUCCCAAGUGGUUCGUAUGCGUCGUCAGGCAUUGGGAGGAUCGAUUACCUCGAAUACUGCUGGCGGCGCUGAUGCCAAAGUCGCCUUAACCCAGGCGCUGGGCACACCCGAGAACAAUAUUAUUGCCCAGGCCUUUGCCACGGGCAAUACACAAUCUGGGCCUGCCACAAGUGGCGCCACUUUGGCCUUGAACAGUCAUGGAAAUGGCUUGGAAUUCGCCCAGAAACAUACACCGGGCGUAAUUGAUAGCUUCAAACAGACGGCAACGGCAAAUCUAUUUAACGAUGGCGUUCAUAAUAUCGAUGCCAAGGCAUUUGCCUCACAGAACCAGUUGGCCAAUGGAUUGAAAUUUGAUCGCAAUGGCGCUGGCUUGGACUAUGCCCACAUCAGUGGACAUGGUGCCAGCGUAACCCACAGCAACAUUCCCGGGUUAGGCAAACAGUUGGAACUGAGCGGCCUUGCCAAUCUCUGGCAGUCCCAAGAUCACAAUACCCGUGUGGAUCUGAGCAGCACGGCCUCCAAAUGGUUGAGCGGUCCUUUCAAUGGAAGAAGCGACUUUGGCGCCAAUAUCGGACUCAGCCAUUACUUUAACUAAUGUUCGCUUCGAAUUCGUAUUUAAGCCAAAGAAUUGUAAUUUAUUUGUAAUUUGAAGAGAUUCGAUUUAAAAUUUAUGUAAACUGUAAAGAACUUUCGAUUUUGGCUUAUUUGCCAAUUAUUUAUAUUAUAAUAAAUUAAAUUAAUAAAGUAAAAGAGAUUAAAACAUAA